AUGUCUUCGAGAGACUAUAACUACGAUGAACAGGGCCAAUUUUUCCCAUUCUUCGUCCUAACCCUCACCAGCCUGGUUACUCUUCCUCUCACGUACAGCCUCCUUAAACCACAGAAAAAACUCGAGAGUACCGCACCGCGAAUAAAGUCGGAUUUCAAGCCCCAGCAUGACGACCUCAUUCAAGCGCAGAAGCGGAAGCGCCUCCGUAAAGAGCGCCGGAUCAAGCGUGCCAUUGCCGUGCUUGUGGGGUACGUGAUUAUGGCUUGGAUGAUCUACCUAAUCAUCAUCUCGAAGAGGACCGCACCGAAGAUAUGGGAUCCUUAUGAGAUCUUGGGCGUUUCGAGGAACGCGGACGAGAGAGCCAUUACCAAGCACUACAAGCGAUUAUCUCUCAUAUACCACCCGGACAAAGUCCGCCCCGAUCCUUCCAAGAAUGAGACUAUGGAGACUCUCAAUGAACGCUUCGUUGAGCUUACGAAAGCUUACAAGGCGUUGACUGAUGAGGAGAUCCGUAACAACUACUUGCAGUAUGGAAACCCGGACGGGAGGCAGAGCAUGAGCAUUGGCAUCGCCCUGCCCAAGUUGAUCGUCACCGAGGGCAACGGUAAAUACGUCUUGUUGGUCUAUGGGGCUCUUCUUGGCGUUCUUCUGCCAUACAUCGUUGGCAGGUGGUGGUAUGGCUCUCAGCGAUACACUCGGGAAAAAGUCCUCGUCGCUAGCGCUGGCAAUAUCUUUCGAGAAUAUAAGGUCGACAUGCUUGGCGGCCGGAUUGUCAGCGCCCUUUCUACGGGAGAGGAGUACAAGGACAUGCUGAAAGGCAAAGCCGAGUCAGGACUCGCAAAGGUCGAGAAAAAGGUUCUUGAAGACAGCGAAUCCGGAUUGACUCCCAAUGACCGGGAGACGCUUCGAAAAAUAGAUGACUCGUACAGGAGAAAGGCCCUGGCGUUGCUGUGGGCGUAUUUGGGCAGAAUCGACCUGGAGGAUGCUACGCUGAACGAAGAAAAAUACGAAGCUGCGUCUAUUGCACUGACUUUAAAUGACUCCUUUACAGCCAUUGCUCUCGCAUUUGGCAACCUGCUGCCAAUCAUUGGAGCGUACCGCAUUGCCCAAAACCUGAUCCAAGCUAUCCCUCCUGGCUCUUCACCGCUCCUGCAAUUGCCUUACUUCACGCCAAAGGUUGUCAAAUCGGUUGAGGGCGAGGAUGCUAAGACCCACCUGACUAUUCAGAAAUACAUGCAGCUUCCUGAGGAGCGCAGACGAAGCUUGACGGUCGGUGUUGGCCUCUUGUCCGAGAAGGAAUAUGAGACAGCCAUCGCUGUGGCAAAACAGUUGCCAGCUCUCGACAUUUCCAAGGCGUUCUUCAAGGUCAUGGGAGAGAAAGUUAUCACUCCUAGCAGCUUGGUUCAAUUGGUGGUUAAGGGUCGAAUUAUCCCCCCGGGAUCUACAAAUGUUCCAGAAGUCAAUGAGGCUGAUUUGGAGGAUAUUGAUCCGGAUGAGGACGACCUUGAUGCUCUUCUUGGCCGGAAACCUGCGAAGAACAAGAAAGUGAAGCUUCCAGACGGGCGAACGGUGGAAGAUAAGGAAACGCGGGUGCAGCCCCCCCUGGCUCAUGCACCUUACCUUGCACGCGACUACUCACCCAAGUGGCAUAUUUUCCUCGCGGACCCCAAGCAAGGAAAGAUCGCGGUUCCUCCUUUCACUUUCACGACCUUGGACAAGCCUAUCUUCGAUGAGAACGGCAAGCCAACGUUCAACAUGCAAACGUUAAAGAUGCAGUUCCAGGCUCCGCCGCAAGUGGGCGAUUACACGUUCGUGCUUCAUGUGAUCUGUGACAGUUAUAUCGGGUUCGACACGAAGAUGGAGAUUACUCUUCGUGUGGAUGAUCCUGCGAAGGCGGCUGCUCUGGACGAGGAAGACGACAUCAGUGAACCGGACGAAGAUUCUCUGGCCGGUCAGAUGCAGGCUCUGAAGACUGGCGUACCACCGAAGAAGAAGAAGCCUACGGAUGAGGAAUCUAGCGAGGAAGAAGAGAGCGAUACGGAGGGUGAUGUCGACGACACGAGCGAGACAGACACUGAAACAGAUACGGAUGGUGAAUAG